UAGAAGCUAAUCAGCAAAUAAACACUUAAAUUCUAUGUGAAAAAUCUUUGUAAUGUUAAAAUAACCUGCACAUAAAGGUGAUAGAUCAAUUCUUACAGUUCUUACCUAAUAUAAUAUUUUGUUAUUUGUAUUAUUUAUUGUUGUUUGUUUUAAAGGUUUAAAGAGCCUUGGCUGAAAGUAAAGCUUUUUUGCCAAUCUUUUCAAUGCUCUUCACACACACUCUACUCUUUUUUUUCAAGCAAUGGUUAUAUAUUUAAGACAUGUUCUGCAGAUCUACAGAGUGAAUCAAAUGUUUAGCAUUUAUCACGGAUACAGCCAUGCACUAAUUAGAGAAGCUAAACUCUGGUCCGGUCUUGCAUACGGCUUGCCGGCUCAAACACUAUUGAUUUUAGUCACUUGUCAGGUUAGGAAGGUGUGUUUAAUUCCGGGAAUGAACAAACCUUGCUUACAUCCAGGGACCAGUAAAAACGCGUUUGUAAAUAUAGAAGUCAAACGAUUUACGUUUUACCGCUAUUUGUGUGGUCCUAGACUUUUGAUUUCUGACCUUGCAAAAUCACGUAUUCCAUUGGUCUCGAACUUGUCCUACCUGAUGGUUCAAGUGUCGGAUACUUCACACACGUUUCUCUCACGCCCAUCGCUCCUCAGCAUCCGUGCACCUUAGUUCCUCCACUCCUGCGCUCUGCUGUUCCAUCAAUUGUUCCUACGAGUAGGACCCAAUCGGUGCGCUGACGUCAUUGAUCGACAAGAGGUCGGAAUUUACAUAAGCUUACUCUUUAACGACUAUCUGUCAGCGCGAGGCCACUCAAGCUCAAGACCCAACAAAGCCACUGGUCACUGGCUGACCCGGCUCACGUGACUGUCAGUGUUCAUUCAUAUCAGCCUCGCGCGGUACUCUCCAAACGCGCGCUGAUUGAAGGUCUGGUGGUGUCAGACCGCCUAGAGAGUCCGGUCAGGAAGAUGCCAGAAUGAGCACGUUCCUAGAUUACUCCGUGAUGAGCGGCGGGGACGGAGGUGGCGGGGGCUCGUGCUCCGUUAGAGCUUUUCACACAGAUCACGGAAUUACAACUUUCCAGUCGUGCUCGGUCACGGUGAACAACUGCUCUGGAAACGAGCGGUUCUUGUCCGACAGGGCAUCACCGGACACCGUAUCCAGUCAUCCGAAUCAGGCUGGGUCCUACCAGUCCUCCGGGACCCUGUCAAUCGCUUACGGUGCGCACCCGUCCUACGGGAGCCAAAGUUUUUGCGCCGGUUAUAAUCCCUACCCCCUGAACCAGGACGCUGAUACGACUGGUGGGUUCGCUCAGUGCGGCCCCCUGGUCUACUCUGGAAACAUUGUGCAGCACCACCACCACCAUCCUCACCAUCCUCAUCAUCCUCAUCAUCAUCGCCAUGGCUACAGCGGUAGCAACGCGCACCUACAUCACGGGCAACUUCAGUACGCAGCCGCAGCCUACGGUCAUGGUCAGGAUCAGGCAAAUCUGACCUUCGUGGGGGGAUGCUCAAACCACCUAUCUCCUCUGCAUGGCCACCACGAUACGUGCUGUUCACCUCUGUCAGACGGCUUGUCCACGGCGCAGACCUUUGACUGGAUGAAGGUUAAGAGGAACCCCCCAAAAACAGGUAAAGUAGGAGAGUACGGUUACGGUGGGCAGCCCAACACCGUUCGCACCAAUUUUACCACAAAACAACUAACAGAGCUGGAGAAAGAGUUCCACUUCAACAAGUACUUAACCCGUGCCAGGCGUGUGGAGAUAGCUGCCGCUCUCCAGCUGAACGAGACUCAGGUGAAGAUUUGGUUUCAGAACCGUCGCAUGAAGCAGAAGAAACGCGAAAAAGAGGGUCUGAUGCCCAAGACUGUGUCUGAACCAGGAGAUGGUCCAGAAAAGGCGGAGGAUAUGUCCGAAAAGUCUCUUUCUGCACCUUCAACUCCAUCUCCUGCCUCCACAUCUGCUGACCACUAUUCUUCAGGCUAAAGGCCUCAAUAUUAUUUUCUAUUGAUGGGAAAAAGAUGAUGAUGAUGAUGUUGACAACCAUGACUCUGGCCACAAACUUUGUAGCAGUUAGAGUGCGUCAACAUAACUGGACAUGCCCACCGGUAUGAGCCGCGAUAAUGCACUAUUUUUUUUAACUUUUGACCAUUCAGUGUUUUGUGUUGUUGUAAGCUGAGUUUAUUAUAUAGCCUGUUGGAUUCCAAUUCAAUCAUUAAUUAGUUAAAAUUAUUGUAUGUGUAAGUGGUCAGCAAAAGUUGCAUAAGCUGUAUUCAUGCAAAUGCCCUAGCUGGAAUGGGGACGCUUGUACUCUUGUUUUGAUGCCUACCUCAUGUACCAAAGAAUGGAAAUUUUGUGGGACUGUGAAAGAGAAAUAGAGAAGAAAAGGAAAAGAGAAAAAAGGUAUGAUUAGAUAAAUCUGGCUUGAUGUUGUACACUCCUAAAACUACCUGCCAUGGAGGGACCACCUUUGGUUUCCUUUUAAACCUUUCAAUUGAAGGGUCUUUGAGAAACCUUUAAUUUUGUCUGAAUAAGAAGUGCUAAAAGAACCUCCACGUAAUGUAGUUCUAGAAAAGUUCUAGAGAACGUUUCAAUUGGGGGUAAAAAAAAGAAAAA